AUGACAUCCGCAGCCCCCCGUGACCAAAUUUUGGCCAACGCCCUCGAGGCGGUCGGCAACACCCCUUGCAUCCGCUUGAACGGUGUCCCACAGAAGCACGGCAUUCAGUGCGAGGUUGUGGCCAAGUGCGAGUUCUUCAACCCUGGCGGGAGCGUGAAGGACCGCAUUGGCAAGCAGAUGGUACUCGACGCCGAAAAGAGCGGGACGCUCAAGCCGGGCUCCGUGAUUGUGGAGGCUACCAGCGGCAACACUGGCAUCGGCCUCGCCAUGGCGGCCGCGAUCCGCGGGUACCACAUGGUGAUUACGAUGCCGAAGAAGAUGUCGCACGAGAAGGAGACGACGCUGCGGUCCCUCGGCGCCGAGGUGAUCCGCACGGAGACGUCUCUUCCGCACGACCACCCGGACAGCCUCAUCGGCGUCGCUCGCCGCCUGCGCGAUGAGAAGGGCUACGUACUGCUGGACCAGUACACGAACCCCAGCAACCCGGGUGCGCACUACGAGUUCACUGGUCAGGAGAUCUACGACCAGUGCGGCGGCAAGGUCGACAUGGUAGUCAUCUGCGCCGGAACCGGAGGCACGAUCACCGGAGUGGCCAAGAAGCUGAAGGAGCUCAUCCCCGAAGUCAUCGUUGUCGGUGUAGACCCGGUCGGCAGCAUCAUCGCGGACCCCGAACACCCCGGCGAGCCUGUCAUGUACCACGUAGAGGGAAUCGGCUAUGAUUUUGUGCCGGACGUGUGCGAGCGUAAGUACGUCGAUCGCUGGGUCAAGACGCGCGAUCAGGAGAGUUUUGACCUCGCCCUCGAGCUGCACCGCGAGGAGGGUCUGCUGGUCGGCGGUAGCAGCGGCUCCGCGAUGGCCGGCGUCGUGGAGGCAGCCAAGGACCUGCGCCCGGAUCAGCGCUGCGUCGUGCUCAUGGCGGACGGUAUCCGCAACUACAUGGGGAAGUUCGCCGAUGUCAACUGGAUGAUCGAGAACGGCUUCCGUCAGGGUGAAGUGACCCGCCCCACCUAUGACACGCUGAAGAAGGAGCUGGAGGAGGUGAAGGCAAAGCUGGCCAAGUACGAGAGCGGCGCUCAGUAG